UGCCACCUGUCAGUGCUCAUCAGUGCCACGUGCCAGUGCCCAUCAGUGCCACCCAUCAGUGCCAGUCAGUGCCACCUAUCAAUGCCAAUCAGUGCCACCUAUCAGUGCUGCCAAUCAGUGCCACCUAUCAGUGCCAGUCAGUGUCGCCUAUCAGUGCCGCCUAUCAGUGCCAGUCAGUGCCGCCUAUCAGUGCCAGUCAGUGCUGCCUAUCAGUGCCGAUCAGUGCUGCCUAACAGUGCCAGUCAAUGCCGCCUACCGGUGCCAGUCAGUGCCGCCUAUCAGUGCCAGUCAGUGCUGCCUAUC